AUGGCCAACGACAACCACCAAACCCCCGACCGCAUCCCCCUAGCCCAAUACCUCUUCACCCGCCUCUCCUCCGACCUCAACAUCCGCCACGUCCACGGCGUGCCGGGCGACUACACCCUCACCGCCCUCGACUUCAUCACCCCCGAGUCCACCAACCUCCGCUGGGUCGGCAACGCCACCGAGCUCUGCGCCGCCUACGCCGCCGAUGGCUACGCCCGCGCCAAAACCAACACCACCACCGUCGGCGUAGGUGCGCUAGUCACCUCCUUCGGCGUCGGCGAGCUCUCCUCCCUCAACGCCCUCGCCGGCGCCUACGCCGAGCGCGUGCCGCUCGUGCACGUCGUCGGCACGCCGCCGCGGGCCAGCCAAGCGGCGCGGCAGUGCCUGCACCACACGCUGGGCGAUGGCGACCAUGGCGUUUUCGCGCGUGUGUAUGAGAGCGUGACGGUGGCGCGGGCGGUGUUGGAUGACCCCGUGACGGCGGCGCGGGAGGUGGAUCGCGUGCUCAGGGAGUGCGUGCGGAGCGGGAGGCCGGUGUAUGUGGCGGUGCCGACGGAUAUGGUGGGGGUUAUGGUUGAGAAGCCGGCGGGGCCGCUGCUGGCGCUGGGCGGUGGUGAGGAGGGGAGCGAGGAGGAGGGGGCAGUGGAGCGGGUGGCUGAGGCGGUUGUGGCGGCGAUGAGGAGGGCGGAGAGGCCGCUGGUGUUGGUGGAUGGCUUCACGGCAAGGUUUGGGGUGCGGGACGAGAGCGUCGUGGACGAGGGGCGGGAGAACUUUCAUGGCGUGUAUGCGGGCAUGGCGGGGGAGGCGGAGGUGCGGAGGUGGGUGGAGGGUUGCGAUCUGGUGCUGCGCUUCGGCCCGCUCGAUUCGGAUAUCAACACUUUCGGCUUCACCACGCUGCCGGACCCGGACGUCACUGUGACUUUUGAGAAGGAUUCGGUUAGGAUGGGGAGCAAAGUACCAGGGCGGCCGCCUGGAGCGACGGGCGGCGACCAGACCGUGGCCCUCAAGCCCCUCCUCCAGAAGAUCCUCAAGCGCUUGGCAUCCGUCCAGCUCCCCGCCACUUCUGACCCGUUCCCCGCGGCCCGCGAACCUCUGCCGAAAGCCCUUCCAGACUCUAGCUCGCUCGUCGACCAACAAUCCUUCUGGAUCCGUCUCUCCUCCUUCCUGCGGUCCGGCGACAUCGUCCUGGCCGAGACGGGCACCGCGGCGUACGGCGCCCACAGCCUCGUCCUCCCCGCUGACACGACGCUGAUCAAUUCUGCCCUCUGGUUGUCUAUCGGCUAUGCGCUGGCGGCAGUGCAGGGUGCGGCGUUGGCGCAGCGGGAGAGGAUGACGGCGGUGAAGUCAGCGGCGGCGGGUAUGGCGGAGUCAGGGAAUGCGGGAACUGCGGUGGAAGAGUCAGCAAAAGUCGAAAGUGAGGACGCGCCACAACAGCAGCAGCGCAGCAGCGGGCGAACGAUCCUCUUCACAGGCGACGGCAGCUUCCAAAUGACGUGCCAGUCACUCAGCGACAUCAUCCGCAAUCGCCUCUCCGUCGUCGUCUUUGUCCUAAACAAUGACGGGUACACGGUCGAGCGCCUCAUCCAUGGCGCGGACGCUGCGUACAACGACGUCCAGCCGUGGCGCUACAGCGACGCGCCCUGGUUCUUCGGCGCGCCGCGCGACGACCCCGGGUAUCCGGUCAGCACGUGGCGCGUGGGGACGUGGGGCGAGCUGGAGGGCGUGUUGGGUGAUGAGCGGGUGAGGCGGGGGCGGGGGUUGCAUGUUGUGGAGGUUGUUAUGGGGGUGGAUGAUGCGCCGCGGUCGUUGGUUGGGUUUGCGGAGUAUGUGAGGAGGCGGAAUGCGGGUGAGCUGGGGGAUGGUGAGUAG